AUGUCGUCACUUAACUUUCCUUUCGAAUUUCGUUCCGACGAGAAAGAAAAUAAGAAAUUGCGUAAAUAUUUUAUUGGGACGACAUGGACACAAGAAUUGGUGUGGCUUUUAGUAAAUGAUUUGGAUUAUGUAAAGGCAGCUGCUGAACCUCUCACGUCAAGAUAUACAUUUAUAGAAUUCCCAAUGUUCAUGAAUAAAGAUUCAGUAAGCGAACUUAAAAGUGUCAGUAAACAUAACGAGGAGUGGAAAAAACUAAUUGAUUAUUUUAGCAAGCCCGGCUCUGAAGUGAUCGCCGAAAAACCGUCGCCACGUUUUAUCAAAACUCACGUUCCCAUGUCUCUGCUGCCACCUCAUUUACUCGAUAUUGCUAAAGUUGUGUAUGUGGCACGCGAUCCUCGGGAUGUUGCCGUUUCAUUUUUCCACCAUAAUAGGCUUUUUAAGAUGACACAUUUUGUCGGCGAUUUUAAAACUUAUUGGCAUUUCUUUGUUAGAAAUAUGGUUCUUUGGACACCAUUCUUCGAUCAUUUGAAAGAAGCAUGGGAUUUGCGUAACCACCCCAACUUACUGUUUUUAUUCUACGAGGACCUUUCUAAGGAUUUACCUCGCAUCGUGCGCCUUGUUGCUGACUUUCUUGGUAAAGAGUAUAAUGAUGAACAAAUUGCUGACUUAUGCUCACAUCUCCAUUUUGAAAACUUUAAAAAUAACCCUUCUGUCAACAUGGAUGAACUGAAGGAGUUGGAUUUAUAUCGACCAAAUUUUAUUAGAAAGGGCAAAGCUGGCGGUUGGCGUGAGUACUUCGAUGAUGAAAUGACCCAGGAAGCUGAACGCUGGAUCAUGGAUAAUUUGAAAGACACUGACUUACGAUUUCCAUCCGCACAAUAG